AGUUAUACUUAUAGUAAUUUUCAAUCAGUUGUGACCAAUCUAAAUAAAAAUUCCAAGGCACAAGUACUUAGUAGUACUCGUACAUGAAGUCUUACCGAAAGCUGCCUCGGCCAAGCAGCCAGACCAAGCUCAGGUUUAGCAUCGUCAUCGGUUGGAAAGCCAUUGAUUGCCGGUUUCGCUCCGGAUCGAGCAUAGCCUAGUGCUAGCUGGGCAGCGAGGGCUGUACAAACACUGCACAUCUCUGGGACCGUGAAAUCCCAGCACCCCGGCGAUUCGGCAGCUUCGUGCGUUUGGGGCAGCGAUGCUCAAGAUGGUAGACGGCAAAACAGCUGCUUUCCGGCAAUAGCAGUGCAAGGACUAAGGAAUUUCAGACAGCCAAAUAGUUGUCGCCAGUUGUAAACACUAUCUUGCACUGCACUGAUGGAUGGUACGCUCACCUACGAUACCAGCUGGGUUCGUGGCAGCACAGGAAGCACAGUGGUAGCAAUUGGACAGAACCUCUACUGCUAUGCCAGCGGAAAGUAUCUGUUCUUCAGGCAUGCAGAGCCUCACACCCAGACCAGCAAUGACAGCACUGGUGGCACAGCCGAAGAGGAGAAGUGGAUGCAAUCGUUCAGCGGCCGUCACGUCGACAAGCUUGCCGUCUCACACAAGCGUGCAGUGCUAGCCUACAGUGAGAUUGGAGUGAAGCCGAGCGUGUUCUUUCUCAGCGUUAAGGAGGCCAGCGGUGCCGGAACGUUUCCAUUGCCGUCAACGGAUGCUAAGCCACUGUCAGUUUUGUCUGGAUGCGCUAAGCUUGAAGUGAGUUCUCUACAGUUCUCUGAUACUGGUUCUCGCCUCCUGGUGCUGUCAGGUGUUCCGGACUUUGAGCUCUCCAUAUGGGACUGGGAAGAAGGCCAAUGCGUUUGCAGAACCCAGUGCCUAGAGAGACCGGUGGAGGCUUCGUUUUGCCCCACGUCCUGGCAGAAGAUAUGCUGUCGUGGCACCGGCUGCCUCGUUCUCUGGACGGUGGAGACGUGCGGUGCACUCUGCCAGCUGGUGAAGAGCACUGCCGAUCUCCCACGGAUCGAAUAUAGCCAGUAUCCCAACAUAGAAUCGGGUGGCAAGUGUGAGCGGUUGCCGCCAUCCUAUCACCGGCAGCUCGAGCCGAUUCUGAAUCGGCUCGGUGAGUUCGAGCCGAACUCGUUGCGGCAGCCACUGGUCGAGCUGACGGCCAUGUGCUGGUCGCGCGACUGCAUUGUUGUCUCAACGGCAUGCGGCAGUCUUCUCAAGGUCACGAUUGAUGGCGGCAAGGUCAAGGUGGAUGCGGCGGGCAGUGCACGCAAUCUGUUCACUGCCGAACAGGCUCCCGUUCACCUGGCCACCAAGCCCAGUGUACCUCCCGGUGGCAGCAUUCUGGCUUCGUGUAAAGACGGAAUUCUGCGUUAUGUGGAGACUGGGUCAAGCUUUCAGCUGCUCCCCACGCAGCAUGAGCUGCCAAGCGAGGCUGCCGCAAUGAGCUGGACUGCUGGGAGCAAGGACCUAGUGGUCAGUUGUGUCGGGGGCGAGGUCAUGCUGUGUAAUAGCUAUGAGUCAACACUCACAGGACUGAUCAAGACGAGCAGCUCACCCAUAGUGGCCAUGCGUACACUCUGGCCAGGAACUGACCAGUUUGUGACAUGUCGUGCCAAUGGACUACUUGAAGUGACGGACAUGCACAGCGGUACCACGGUUGCACUGUACGACCUGUCGCCGAGGAUUUCACCGGCGUCGGUCACGACCAUGGCGCUGUGCGCUGCCGUCAAGUACAUCGUCAUCGGAGACUCCACGGGAACACUGACCUACGUCAAUGCUGAUGCUCUGUGCGAAGGCAGCGAAUGCAUCUUUGAUGUCCGGCGCAUGCACAGCGGCCCGGUGACAUCUCUCUGGUUUGACGACUAUGGCUAUACUAUGCUUUCCUCAUCCACCGAUGGCAAACUGUUUGUCUACUCGGCAAUGCCGUCCAGCCAGUUUGAGGUGCUGUUUUUCGUGCCGCUUGCCGAGAAUGUUGUCAGUAUCUGCUGCAGUCCGCUUGGUACUGAUAAGAGGCCAGAUCAGUUGGAGGUGUUUGCUCUGCUGGAGUCACAGAACACCGCCGUUGCUGGCCAGGAGGACAGUGUUUCGCAAUCUGCCGUGAAAUGCAAGAUCCCGUGUGGCAGUAAGGUGUUGAAGCUGUGCGUACCAGUCUCCAAGCAAGCUCUUGAUGCUCUGCUACCACAUUUGGACAAUACGCUGUGUUUGGAUUUUGAAAAGUAUGCUGGCGUCGAGUACGUCACCCUACCCGAGCCAUGCACGGACAUAUGCAUGACACGCGAGCAGGGUGAAGAAGACUCGCUUCUUGUUGCAACGAGUGCUGCUCAGCUCCAUCUGCUAGUCUUGAUGACAAACCCGGAAGAAGCUCCCUUACCGGUCGAACCCAAACAGUCAACCGAAACACCUGUUGAUGAACUGGAUGAGGAACAACCGAAGAAGGCGGAAACUCCUGCUGCUGCUACACAGGAAAAACUAGCUGAAUUGCCAGUGCUGACUACUCUGAAAUGCCCACAGCUUGCCGGUGGCUACUUGCAGCGGUCUCUGCGUGGAGACUGCGUGCUGUCCUACGGCUUGGAUGGACAGAUUGCGUACGGACGUGUGCGUGCAUGGGAUAAGCAUUGUAGCAUGCUGACGCACAGUCCACGGACGUUGGGAUGCAGGUUCGCCUGCCUGAGCUGGGACUGCAGGGACAUUGCUACGGCCGGUGGCGAUGGCAUCCUGUCAUGCAAGUCACUUGUGCCCUCAUCACCGGAAAUCCGCAAGCUCAAUGCCGAUCUCGUGGGUUACUAUCGCCAAGCAAAGCAGCUGAUGAUUGAUGUGCAACAAGACCAGUUUCCGGUGAUCGAGCAGUUCGCAGUCGUUGAGUCAGGGUCCAGUGCACUGGUAGAUGUGCAGAGUGGAAUGACAUGGAUUGAAAGGCGCAUACAGGCGGAGAACCGCAAAACAGAAGAGAAAUUCUCGGGCGAGAGGAAUGCGCUGCAGGCCGACAUUGACAAGCUGAGAAAGAAGUUGUUGGAGUUGAUAGCUGACAAUGAGACAAAACCUGACUUGGAACGGCUAGACAGAGGCGAGUUCAACCUGGAUGUUGAAGAGUCCAAUCGUCUCAUGGAAGAGGGAAACAAAACGGCCCAGGAGGUACGCGAGGAGUUGGAGCUGAAGAACAUAGCAAACGAGUACUUCAGCGAGCUGAUACGCAAAGAGUGCUGGGAGAACAUGGAAGUGCCUGGCAAAUCUUUGAAGGCGUUUCUCACCAGCACGGAAGUCUCCAACUUUGUCCUCUCCAAGGAAGAGCCUAAGUUCGACGUGGAAAUUGCGUAUCUGCUGCAGCAACGCGAGCAUGAGCUUGCAGAGCUGAGAGAUCGACGGGAGAUGGAGGAUGCAGCAAUGCCUAAUGUUGCGGCACCAAUAGAAGACGACGAACUCUUGGAUGAUCAGGCCCAGAAGGAUGCCACGAAACCUGAAGAAGGUGGCAUCCAUGCUUCACUGGAAGGCAGUAUUGCUCACUCACUGGGUGGACGGCACGACAAGACGUACAGUCAGCUAGAGCUCUGCUCCAGGACCAGAGUGUAUUUCCAGCUGUACAUCAUCAAGCACUCUCUAAGGAAGAUGAAGCAGGCAUUCAACAAAGAGUUCGAUGCACUUCUCCUGCAGAAGGAAUCAGAGGUGGCACGCACCCAGGAGCGCAAUGUGCGCAUGGCGAAAAUCAUCCAUGAUUUGGAGCUACACGAGAAGUUGUUCGAGCCGAAGAUGAGUGUCGACGAACAACCAGAGCGUCUUCUGAAAAUCGAAGACUCCGAGAUCAAUGCCCAGAAGUGGAUUUCUCCGGAGGAACGUGAACGCUUGGAGGAGCAGGCACGCCUGGAUGAGGCUAGGCGCCUCGCCGAAAUGGGUGACAGACCCAGGGAGCGUGCUCUUGAUCAGAUGAUGAAAGGUCAGCUGGAAAUUGAUGCAGAAGAGGAGCUGUACAAGGACAUUCCAGCGCCGGAGUUCAUGGAGGCGAAGAUGAAAGAGUUGUGGACGGAGGAUGAGCGCAAAGUAGCCAAAGACUACACGACCGCCGUCGCCAAUCUGGAAGAGGAGAGAACUAAGCACAAGAAGGCUCUGGAAGCUGAGUUCAAGAAGCUUCAGUCCAGCAUUGCCGAAGUUGUUUCGCUAUUUGAUGACAAGCUGAAGAAGCUGCACGAGAACAAGAUUGAGAGACAGACGGCAAUCUGUCAGGAGGAGAUGAAAGUGGCUCGUCUGACAGCCUGGCUACUGACUGAAGAUGAGCUGUGCCAGGAGGAGAUAGGCAUGCUAACCGAAGUGGAGACACUGAAGGGAACCAAGUCGGAGGUGAUGAAGAUCAUGUCAAAAGUUCAGGUGGACCUCUCCAAAGCGGGAGAAGAAUUGGAUCAGCUAAUCUUGGAGGAUAAGGCACUGGAACGUAACUUCAAACGUGACUUUGGCGAUCGUGAAGGUGUUUAUGAUCUUCUAAACAAAGCGUUCCGUCGGCGCCCAAGACAAUUGCGGAGGGCAGCAACACAGUACAGUGUUCCCGGUGGUGCUGGAAAUCCUACAGCACCGCCGACUGUGGGCAGUCAGCCAGCGGCAAUGACCACGUCGCAGAUCAAGCAGGAAAUGUCUGAGCUGGACUCCAUUGAUAGCUGCCCAGACGGUGUUGAUGCGCCCACCUGGAGUCAGCUUGUGGCUGCCAGGCGCAGAAAGAUGGAGUCUGAGAAAACAGUACGCCAGAUGAACCAUCGCAUUGCGGAAAUGACAACGUUCAUCAAUGAGCGAGCAAAAGAGGAGAGCACAAUCGUUGGCUCACUGACUGCCCUAGCACAGAAACUAGCCGAAUUGAGGAAGGAAAGAGAACGGUUCUACCUCAAUCUUCCAAUACAGUUGCUCAUGAAGCAAGGGCAGGUUGAAGUCAACCCAGGGACAUUCAUAACGGAUUACCGCAGCAGUGUGUUGAUUGACCAGACCACUAUCAACAAGUACAAUGCUGACAUCAAGGCUCUAGGAACGGCAAAGGUGUCCACUAUGUUGAGUGGCAUUGAAGGCAAGAAAGGCAUCUAUGUACUGGAAUGGGAACACCGGAAGAUGAGAAUGCAGAUCGAAGAUGCGGAUCGUAAGAUACAGAUCGUCAAUGGCCUACGGGUUACGAAAGAACUACAAAAGCACUUUCUUGCUGACAAUGUCUUGGUCGGCCAACACGACAAUAUUGAGCGGAUGGAAGGUGCCCUGGGCCGAACUGGCGAGCUCCACAAACAUCACCUGGGUCGCUUGAAGAAGGUCCUCUGGAAUAUCAAGCAGAAGACGGCGAGUCGCCAGCAGGAGAACUCCGAGAUGGAUGAAGAGGUCAACAAGCGCUUCAGUUCGGUGAUGGACCGCGUGCACCUUGAGGCUACAUUUGACUCUGAUGACAAGACCAGGAACCGUCAGCAAGCACAGAGAAUGAACGACGUAGUCAAGCGCUCGCGGGCAGUGACAAUGGCCAAGCAGCAAGCGGAGGAGAUUGCUGCACUGCGCGCCGACUUGGACACGUGGAGAAUGAAGAUGUUCCCGGCCCUUCCAGGCAGGCCAGCAAGGUCAUAAUGUGAGCUUCUCGUGCAGUGGUACCUUGUGGAACUGUUGGCGAAACAAAUAGCCAGACUGGAGCUGCAGCUGUACAACGCCACUGUCGUGAUAGCGUCCUGUGCCCUUGACUUUCAUGCAUGAUGAGUUGUUCAUGAAACCAAUAUGCUAUAACAAGUAGAUAUCAUAGAGUAUGACUGCCACUACGUUAGCAGAACCCAGCCGCCAGGGUCUCAGCUUCCAGGGUCUCAUCUGCCAGGGUCUCUUGAACAAGAACACAUCAUUGUUAUUAUAGGGAUGUGCACUGCUCAUUCGUAUGGAUGCCAUUGUUGGUGCUCUGUUCUCCAUGGGAUGUCACGGUUACUUUGCCUCUGCUGCUGCUGCUAAGAGGUAUUAAAUGAAACGCAAUAUAGUUUAAAAAUCAUUUGUUCAUUAAUUAUAGGUAUUUGUGUACGCAAGCAGCUUUGCAGUAUGUGUAUAUGAGGAGAGUGUCCGUGCAAGUAUGAUCACUCCACAGUUCUUGUUACACAUGACUGGGUAUGCUAUGGCCCUCUUGAAAAGUUAUCAUUUCUCCUUGCUUUAGACCAGUCUCUCAUUAUGGCAUGUUUUGCUGAAGAAUGGUGAGAAAACUGAG